AUGGGUCGUCUCAAUCCCUUCACCGCACUGCUUCUGGCAGCUGGUUUAUACGUGCCGCAAUGCCUUGGCCAAUCGAGCACACCUACCGUCUACACGGAUAGCGGGACGGGCAUCGUGUUCGACACUUGGACUGUACCCGAUACAGCAGCAGGUGGUACUGGAGUUUCGACCUGGGGAGGCCUGACAUUCGGUGUGGCACUACCAGCGGAUGCUCUCACGACCGACGCAGACGAGUUCAUCGGAAUUCUACAAUGUGGCUCCAACAGUACUACCGCGACAGGGUGGUGCGGUGUAUCCUUGGGUGGCCCAAUGACAAACAGUCUGCUUCUGAUGGCCUGGCCGUAUGAAGAUCAGAUCUUGACUUCUUUCCGAUUUGCCACUGGAUAUGUCCUCCCCGAAGUGUACACGGGCAAUGCGUCGUUGACUCAAAUCUCGGCUACCGUAACCGACACGGAUUACACCUUGAUCUUCCGAUGCCAAAACUGUCUCUCGUGGAAUCAAGAUGGAGCUUCGGGCUCUGCAUCGACUAGUGGCGGUUCCUUGGUGCUGGGCUGGUGCAAUGCUUUCCCUUCCCCAGGAAACCCGAGUUGUCCUGACGACGUUGACAUCGUCCAGCACGACAAUGGACAGGGCAUCUGGGGGGCAGCCCUCGAAACCGGCGUAGCCAACCCAUCCUACACGGAGUGGGCAGCCUUGGCCACUGCUACCGUGACCGGAAGCUGUGCCAGCACACCACCUACGACCACUGCUACUACUACUUCUGCUACCCCUACUGCUACCGCUACGGGAAUUCCGGUACCGACUGGGUCCUAUGACUAUAUCGUGGUUGGUGGCGGCGCCGGCGGAAUCCCCAUCGCUGACAAGUUGAGCGAGGCAGGCCACAGCGUCCUGCUGAUUGAGAAGGGCCCGCCAAGUUCAGGGCGAUGGGGUGGUACUCUGGGCCCAGAUUGGCUCGAUGGUACGAACCUGACCCGGUUCGAUGUACCAGGAUUGUGUAAUCAGAUCUGGCAUGACUCGGCUGGUAUCGCCUGCGCGGAUACUGACCAGAUGGCCGGUUGUGUGCUUGGCGGAGGUACUGCUAUCAACGCAGGAUUGUGGUGGAAGCCCUACGGGUUGGACUGGGAUUACAACUUCCCUGCCGGGUGGCAGGCUGACGACAUGACUGCUGCGACUGAGCGUGUGUUCUCGCGGAUCCCGGGUACUGACACGCCUUCGCUAGACGGUAAACGGUAUCUCCAGCAAGGCUUCGAAGUCCUCGCAGGCGGACUUGCAGCUGGCGGAUGGACCAACGUCACGGCUAACGACGUUCCCAAUGAGAAGAAUAAGACGUUCUCUCACACCCCCUACAUGUUUUCCCAUGGCGAAAGAGGAGGACCUAUGGCUACUUACCUCGUCUCUGCUAACGCACGAACCAAUUUCGACCUAUGGAUGAACACCGCGGUCAAACGCGUGAUUCGGACUGGCGGCCACAUCACAGGUGUCGAAGUCGAGGCAUACAUGGAUGGUGGUUACGCGGGUCUGGUCAACGUCACAGCGACAUCUGGUCGUGUGAUCCUCUCUGCUGGAACAUUUGGCUCAGCUAAAAUCCUGAUGCGAAGUGGAAUUGGUCCUACAGACCAACUCGAGGUUGUUCAGACCUCGACCGAUGGACCAACUAUGAUUUCCAACAGCUCUUGGAUCGAUCUUCCAGUGGGCUACAACUUGGAGGACCACACUAACACUGAUACUGUCAUCGAACAUCCUGAUGUUGUCUUCUAUGACUUCUACGAAGCUUACACCGAUCCAAACGUCACCGACGAGAACCUAUACCUGGAUUCGCGAUUUGGCAUUCUUACUCAGGCGGCACCAAACAUUGGCCCAAUGUUCUGGGACGAGAUUACUGGCGCCGAUGGUAUUGUCCGACAGCUGCAGUGGACGGCCAGAGUCGAAGGCAGUGACGGAACACCCGAUGGAACCGCCAUGACUAUGAGCCAAUAUUUGGGGCGAGGUGCCACGUCCAGAGGUCGCAUGACCAUCACAGCGGCUCUGACAACGGUGGUUUCGACGCUACCGUAUCUGCAUGACGAGAAUGACGUUCAGGCUGUUAUCCAAGGAAUCAAGAACCUUCAGGCAGCCCUCGCCAAUGUCGAAGGGCUCACUUGGACAUACCCCCCAGCCAACACGACUGUAGAAGACUUUGUCAACAAUAUGCUGGUCUCAUACACCAACCGACGUUCGAACCACUGGAUUGGAACAAAUAAACUGGGAACUGAUGAUGGCCGAGUGAACUCCGGUUCAGCUGUGGUCGACUUGGAUACCAGGGUCUACGGCACUGACAACCUGUUUGUCGUCGAUGCGAGUAUCUUCCCUGGCCAAGUCAGCACCAACCCCUCGGCCUACAUCGUCAUUGCUGCUGAGCAUGCCUCUGAACGUAUUCUUGCCUUGACCCCUGCGACAGCUCAAGCGCAGUACUCCCAGUGCGGUGGGUUGGGGUACACUGGCAGCUUCCAGUGUGCGUCUGGCACUACUUGCACGUACCAGAACGAUUACUAUCAUCAGUGCGUGUGA